AUGCUGCAUACGGGAGCGCACCACGGGCUGAAGUUUGGGGACUUAAGGCUAUUGUGCUUUUGUGAUCUUAAGAAGGACGGGGAAGAAUGCGAUGGCGUGAAGGAACCAACUACCCCGAGUCUACUUCAAGUGACUCAGUCCCAGGGCUGUCAGGAAGCACGCUGGUCAAACGCAAAAAACCGUCUCUCACAAAACCCCUUCCCCGGGAAGGGCCUCUCGCCAAAAACCCCUCCCCCGGGAAGCGUCUCUCGCCAAACCAAUCCCCCCACCCCUCCCGGGAAGCGUCUCUUGCCAAAACCCCUCCCCCGGGAAGCGUCUCUCGCCAAAACCCCUUCCCCGGGAAGCGCCUCUCGCCAAAAACCCCUCCCCCGGGAAGCAUCUCUCGCCAAAACCCCUCCCCCGGGAAGCGUCUCUCGCCAAAACCCCUCCCCCGGGAAGCGUCUCUCGCCAAAACCCCUCCCCUGGGAAGCGUCUCUCGCCAAAACCCCUUCCCCGGGAAGCGUCUCUCGCCAAAACCCCUUCCCCGGGAAGCGUCUCUCGCCAAAACCCCUCCCCCGGGAAGCGUCUCUCGCCAAAACCCCUCCCCUGGGAAGCGUCUCUCGCCAAAACCCCUCCCCCGGGAAGCGUCUCUCGCCAAAACCCCUCCCCUGGGAAGCGUCUCUCGCCAAAACCCCUCCCCUGGGAAGCGUCUCUCGCCAAAACCCCUUCCCCGGGAAGCGUCUCUCGCCAAAACCCCUUCCCCGGGAAGCGUCUCUCGCCAAAACCCCUUCCCCGGGAAGCGUCUCUUGCAAAAACUCUUCCCCGGGAAGCGUCUCUCGCCAAAAACCCUUCCCCGGGAAGCAUCUCUGGCCAAAAACCCUUCCCCGGGAAGCGUCUCUCGCCAAAACCCCUCCCCGGGAAGCGUCUCUCUGA